AUGAUUGUUAAACAGCCUAGGUUGGAUUCUGAUAAGGAGAUCCUGUCAUCCAAUGAAGGUGAUGGAGAUCGCGAAUACCAAGGUUAUACUGAAGAAGUUUCUGGGGAGAUUAAAGAGUUGGCAAGAACUUUUACUCAUUCUUCAACUAAUAAUUUAACUAGGUAUAGCUCUAAUGUUACCGUUGCAGGAUCAAAUCCAAUGAACGAUAUAAAUGAUCCAAGGUUGGAUCCAGAAAGCUCGGAUUUCGAUUCAAAAUACUGGAUUAGAAAUUUUAAUAAGUACAUCGCAAAUAAUGCCGAGUAUUAUAAACCAACCUCACUUGGUGUGUACUAUAAAGGUUUGAGGGCGUAUGGGGACGCUACUGAUUCUACUUUCCAGUCGGACUUUGGUAAUAUUGUAUAUAAGUAUGGGUCUCAAUUGGUCAACUUGUUGAGUAAACAAGACGAAUCAAAACAAUAUGAUAUCUUGAAACCAAUGGAUGGGUUGAUUAGACCUGGUGAAUUAACCGUGGUUCUUGGAAGACCCGGCGCUGGAUGCUCUACUUUUUUGAAGACUUUGGCUAACCAGACUCAUGGAUUCAAAUUGGAUCCAAAUUCUAAAGUCUCUUAUGAUGGUUUAACCCCCCACCAGAUUGUAAACCACUAUCGCGGAGAAGUUGUUUACUGUGCUGAAACUGAGUCUCAUUUUGCUCAUUUAUCAGUCGGUGAUACUUUGGAAUUUGCUGCUAAAUUGAGAACUCCUUCUAACAGACCAGAAGGCGUGGAUCGCGAAACUUAUGCUAGAUUCAUGGCCAAUGUUGUCAUGGCCACUUAUGGUUUAUCCCAUACUAGAAAUACUAAAGUUGGUAAUGAUUUCAUUCGUGGGGUUUCGGGGGGUGAACGUAAAAGAGUCUCAAUUGCUGAAGUGGCGUUGAGUAAAGCCUUGAUCCAGUGCUGGGAUAACUCAACUAGAGGUUUGGAUUCAGCUACCGCUCUUGAAUUCAUCCGUGCUUUGAAAACUUCGGCUAAUAUAGAGAAAACCACCCCCUUGAUUGCCAUUUACCAAUGUUCUCAAGAUGCUUAUGAUUUAUUCGACAAGGCAAUGGUCUUAUAUGAUGGUUAUCAAAUCUUUUUUGGUUCGGCUACUGCUGCUAAAGAUUAUUUCUUGAAAAUGGGUUAUGUUUGUCCGGAUAGACAAACCACUGCUGAUUUUCUUACCUCCUUGACUAAUCCUGCUGAAAGAGUGGUUAAACCUGGGUUUGAAAAUAAAGUUCCUAGAACUCCUAAAGAGUUUUAUGAUUAUUGGCAAGGUUCUCCCGAUAGAGCUCAAUUAUUAAAAGAUAUUGAUGAUUAUGAAAACCAUGUUAAAUCUCAGAAUAAGGCGUCGGCAUUAAAAGAAUUCCAUAACUCAAGACAGUCCAAAAGGGCCAGACCGGCUUCUUCCUUUACAGUUUCUUACGGUCUACAAAUCAAAUACAUUAUGGGUAGAAAUAUUAAAAGAAUAAAAGGUGACCCUUCCAUCACUAUAUUCUCGGUCAUUGGUAAUACAAUCAUGGGUUUGAUCAUUGCUUCUAUCUUUUAUAAUUUGAAAUUUGAUACUGGUUCUUUCUAUUAUAGAACCGCCGCAAUGUAUUUUGCAGUUUUAUUCAAUUCGUUCUCUUGUCUUUUGGAAAUCUUUACUCUUUAUGAAGCAAGAUCAAUUGUGGAAAAACAUAAAACUUAUGCUUUAUACCAUCCUUCUGCUGAUGCUUUGGCGUCAAUCAUCACUGAGUUACCAGCAAAGAUUGCAACUUGUAUUGCCUUCAAUUUGGUUUUAUAUUUCAUGGUCAAUUUUAAAAGAACUCCAAGUGCCUUCUUCAUCUAUUUACUUAUCAAUUUCACAAGUACCCUUUCCAUGUCUCAUAUGUUUCGUACCUUGGGUGCAUCAACGAAAAGUUUACAGACUGCCUUAUUGCCAGCCUCUAUUUUAUUGAUGGCUCUUUCUAUGUACACUGGGUUUGUUAUUCCAACAGUUAAAAUGCAUGGCUGGUCUAAAUGGAUCCAUUAUCUUAACCCAAUGUCAUAUGCUUUCGAAGCAUUAAUUGCAAAUGAAUUUCAUAAUCGUGAGUUUCCUUGUUCUGACUUUGUUCCUUCUGGUCAAAAUUAUCCAACUACCGGUGAUUAUUCUGUUUGUUCUGUUAUCGGUGCUGAAGCUGGAAACUUUCGUGUGAAUGGUGAUAGAUAUAUCAAUACUGCUUUCAAAUACUACAAUCAUCAUAAAUGGAGAAAUUGGGGAAUUGUUUUAGUCUUUGCCGCUUUUUUCCUCUUUCUGUAUCUUAUCAUCUGUGAAUACAACAAAGGAGCCAUGCAAAAGGGUGAAAUAUUGUUGUUUCAACGUAAAGCUUUGAAAAAGAUUAAUAAACUGAAUAAGUUAAACGGAUCAGAUCAUGCUCAAGAUAUUGAAACUGGUGAAAUGGAAAAAUCUCCUGCAAUUGAAAAUGAUGAUGACGAAGACAGUGACGCUCUUAUGGAAAAUAAUCUUCCAGAAUCUGGUAAUAUCUUUCAUUGGAGAAAAUUAACUUAUCAAGUUAAAAUUAAAAAGGAGGAUCGUAUCAUUUUGAAUGAAGUUGAUGGUUGGGUUAAACCUGGCCAGGUUACUGCUUUAAUGGGUGCUUCUGGUGCUGGUAAAACUACUUUAUUGAAUGCUUUAUCUGAAAGAUUGACCAGUGGUGUUAUAACCUCUGGUACUAGAAUGGUGAAUGGUCGUCCUUUGGAUUCUUCUUUCCAAAGAUCAAUUGGGUAUGUCCAACAACAGGAUUUGCAUUUGGAAACUUCCACAGUCCGUGAAGCUUUAACUUUCUCUGCCUACUUAAGACAACCUCAAUCAGUUCCAAAAGCUGAAAAAGAUGCUUAUGUUGAUUAUAUUAUCCAUUUAUUAGAAAUGGAGAAAUAUUCAGAUGCUAUUGUUGGUGUUGCUGGUGAAGGUUUGAAUGUUGAACAACGUAAAAGAUUAACCAUUGGUGUUGAAUUAGUUGCUAAACCUAAAUUAUUGGUUUUCUUAGAUGAACCUACUUCAGGUUUGGACUCUCAAACUGCUUGGUCUAUUUGUAAGUUGAUUAGAAAAUUGGCUGACCAUGGACAAGCUAUUUUAUGUACUAUUCAUCAACCUUCAGCCAUUUUAAUGAAAGAAUUCGACAGAUUGUUGUUCUUACAGAAGGGCGGUCAAACAGUAUAUUUUGGAGAUUUAGGUAAAGACUGUACUACUUUGAUCAAUUAUUUUGAAAAAUACGGUGCUGAAAAAUGCCCUCCUCAAGCAAAUCCAGCUGAAUGGAUGUUACAAGUUAUUGGUGCUGCUCCAGGAUCUCAUGCUAGUCAAGACUACCAUGAAGUGUGGAGAAAUUCAAGUGAGCAUAAGGAAAUAAAUUACGAAUUAGAUCAAAUGGAAGCCGAAUUACCUAAAAGACCUCAUGAAACAGGCGAGGAAGAUGCUAGGUCUUUCGCUGCUUCAUAUUGGACUCAGUACUAUUAUGUUACUAAGAGGGUUUUCGAACAAUAUUGGAGAUCACCUUCUUAUACUUGGUCAAAAGUCACAAUGUCGGUUUUCACAGGUCUUUUCAAUGGUUUCACAUUUUUCAAAGCUGAUCGUUCUCUUCAAGGGCUUCAGAAUCAAAUGUUUUCGGUUUUCAUGUUUUUUGUUAUCUUCACUACUUUGAUUCAACAAUAUUUACCAUAUUUUGUUUCUCAAAGAGAUCUAUACGAAGUUAGGGAAAGACCUUCUAAAACAUUUUCAUGGGUCGCUUUCAUCCUUUCUCAAAUUACUGCUGAAAUUCCUUGGAAUGUUUUCUGCGGUACUUUAGCAUUCUUUUGCUGGUACUAUCCGUUAGGUCUUUAUGUCAAUUCGUUUCCAACAAAUACGGUUAACGAAAGGGGUGCUCUUAUGUGGAUUGUCAUUGUUCUUUUUUUCAUUUAUAGUUCAACUAUGGGGCAACUAUGUAUAUCUUUCAAUGAGAUUGCAGAUAAUGCAGCUAAUCUAGCCCUGUUGUUAUUUACCAUGUGUUUGACUUUCUGUGGUGUCUUAGCUAGUAGUAAUGCUAUGCCUAGGUUUUGGAUAUUCAUGUACAGAUGCAAUCCAUUCACAUACUUAGUUUCUGUAAUUUUAUCUACUGGAUUGGCACACUCUUAUGUUGAAUGUUCUAAAAAUGAAUACUUACAUUUCAAUCCACUGGGUGGUCAAACUUGCGGUGAAUAUAUGAAGGCUUACAUGCUGGUUGCAGGUGGAUAUUUAACUGAUGAGUCUGCAACCAAAGAUUGCAGUUUCUGUACUACCAAAUAUACAGAUGUGUUUUUGAAAAGUGUUGCUGCAAAUUAUGAUACCAGGGGCCGUGAUAUUGGGAUAUUCAUUGCUUUUAUUUUUAUUAACAUUUUCCUAACAAUAUUUUUCUACUGGUGGGCAAGAGUGCCUAAAGGGACUCGUGAAAAGAAGUAG